AUGCCAGGUGAAACUUUCAUUGCGGCUACUCAAAGACCGGAUGGGACAUGGCGAAAAGCACGUCGCGUGAAGGAUGGGUACAUUCCACAAGAAGAACAACCAAAGUAUCAAAAUCCAAGCCAAGUAGCGGCAUCAGCUCGCGGCCGAGUGGUUGUAGGAAUGACUCCACGAAACAUGCAACAAGCAACUGCUGGACCUCGUAAGCCUAUAGCAGCUGUAUUCCAACCAAAGGCGGCUAUAACCCCACAGGAACAAAUUCAAAAGAAAAUCGACAAAGUAAAGUUAAAAUUGACAGAAAUAGCAAAGCUUGAGGAACGGAUAAACAGUGGUGAAAUUAUUCCGUUGCCGAACCAAAUUGCAAAAGUCGGUCGUAAGACGGAAUAUGAGAGCGAGAUCGAAAAGCUCACAGAAGAAAUGGAAAAGUUAUGA